AUGAAAAUUAUGUUUCAUUGUUUCUUAAAUUUCAGAUCUGAAUCUUCCAAUGGAAUUACUGGAAACAACAAGUUGGAUGGUGCUUCGCAGCCUACCAGUUCAAAUUCCCGCGUAAUAUGCAGGAAUGAGAUGGACAAUGUUUCUCUCCCCCGGGAUCGUACAGCAGGGCUGGAGGAGAGAUUUGUGGCAAAGGCAAACAAUAAGUUAAAUAUUCGUGAGGACAGUCAGGCAGGCAGUCCUAGUCCAGUGACAAAAGGAAAGGCUUCGAGAGCACCAAGAACUGGUUCUACUUCUGGUUCUGGUGUUGCUACAACCUCAUCUCCCAACUUCCCUCGCCCAACUGGAGUUCUUGAUGGGUUGGAGCAGCCACCAAGCUUAAACAAGAUCCAGUCUCUGGGUGGAGCAAACAACCGCAAGCGUCCUUUGCCUACAGGAUCAUCUUCUCCCCCUAUGGCCCAAUGGGUUGGUCAGAGGCCACACAAAAUCUCACGUACAAGAAGAGCAAAUCUGGUUUCUCCUAUUUCAAACACUGAUGAAGCUCAGAUAUCAUCAGAAGGCUUUCCAGUACCUGAUAUUGGUGGUGGAUUAAAUUCUAAUGAGCCCAAUGGAUCACUACUUGCUAUGGGUGCGUCUAAUAACACACAACAAUUUAAAAUGAAGCUUGAAAAUGUUCCAUCUCUUGCCAGAUUAUCUGAAAGUGAGGAAUCGGGAGCUGGUGAAAGCAAAUUUAAGGAGAAAGGGAUGGAUAAUGUUGAGUUAGAUGGCAGAGGCACAAAUGCAGUUCGGAAAGUUGGAACUUUCUCAUUGCCCACAAAAAAGAAUAAAUUACUUAUGAAGGAAGAAAUUGGGUGUGGUUUGCGGAGACAAGGAAGGAGUGGAAGGAGUUCGUCGUUAUCAAGAGUGUCUGUCCCUCCAAUAAGGGAAAAUUCAGAGGAUACAGCCACAGCAAAGCCACUUCGAAGCACAAGGCCAGGUUCUGAUAAAAAUGAAAGCAGGCUAGGGCGCCCUCUCUCGAAAAAGUUGUCAGAACGCAAAUCUUUUACUCGCCCUGGGCAUGUGCUUAAUAGUGGUUCCUCAGAUUUCACCGGUGGUGAAUCAGAUGAUGAUCAUGAAGAACUAAUGACUGCUGCUAAUUCUGCUCAUAAUGCCAGCUAUAAUGCGUGUUCCGGUUCAUUCUGGAAGAAAAUGGAACCAAUUUUUGCUUCGGUCAGUUCAGGGGAUGCAGCCUUCUUGAAGAAACAGUUAAGUUCUGCUGAGGAGCUUGAUGAAAGCCUAUGUCACAUUUUUGCUGCUGACUUAUAUGUUCUGGGUGAACUUCUAAGCAAAGAAGUCUCAUUGUCUCAACCUCUUGCAUCUGGGGAGAAGCAAGGAAGUCAACCGAAUGGAAUUGGAUCAAAUGAAUCUGAUAAGGCUGCAGGUUUGGUAGAUCAGCCUGAGGGCAAUAAGGCUCUAUGCAGAAGAAUAGAUGUAGGAGGACAGUUUGACAAAGUCACUCCAUUGUACCAACGAGUUCUAUCUGCCUUGAUUGGAGAUGAUGUGGUUGAAGAAUUUGAUCGCAGCAGUGAAAGCAGAAAUAAUUAUUUUCAAUAUGCAAAUGGAGAUUCUCCUUUUGGUACAUAUAACCCUAUUGACGUUGAACCAAAAGAUGGUGAGAGAAUGGAAUCCGACAUUGAGUCAGAUUUGGAUCCUAGGACUCAGAAACGUUCUUUUGACUUCUACCCAUGUAAUGGUAGUACUGCUUCUAACAGAUUUAGGAGCACAAGCAUUUGUAAAAAUUCAUAUAAUGAUGAGUUUUGGCAAGCAGAUGAUGGUUUAGUGCAAUCAGAGGCCGGAGUUGUCACUGAACUCGUUCAAACAAAUCUGGAGGGGACCCAAGAUAUCCAAACAAAUAUUUCUGGCCUUUCUUCCAUUGGUUGCCAAUAUCAAGAGAUGAAUUUGGAUGACAAAAUUUUGCUGGAGCUGCAGAGCAUCGGCCUUUAUCCGGAAACAGUGCCUGAUCUAGCAGAGGGAGAAGAGGAUGAGAUCAGUAAAGAUAUUGUGGAACUCAAGAAGGGGCUUUACAAACAGGUAGUGAAAAAGAAAGAUUACUUAAUCGAAAUAGAUAAAGCUGUUCAGAAAGAGAAGGAGAUUGAAGCACGGGACCUGGAGCAGGUUGCCAUGAAUAAGCUUGUCGAGAUGGCUUACAAAAAGCAAAUGGCUCGCCGGAGAAGUUCUAAGAGUGGGGUCAACAAGGUUUCAAGGCAAGUUGCUAUGGCUUUUGUGAAGCGAACUCUUACAAGAUGUCGAAAGUUUGAGGACACUGGAAUAAGUUGCUUUAGUGAUCCUGCAUUACGGAAUGCCCUUUUCUCCAGAAAAGAUGCUAUAACUGUAGAUGUUGGUGGGGCUUCCACAAAUAUGUAUGCUGUGGCUGGGAGCUGUCAGCCUGAGGCCAGAGCAUCUGCUGUUGGUGCCUGUUCCAGUACGCUUGAGCGAAAUGGUCCUCACAUUGAUAAGCUUGACAGGGGUUCAUCAGGUGCAUUUCAAGUUCAUGCUCACUCAUCUGAGCAAACUUUUGCUAAACAUGAACCUUUAAACAGAGGGAAGAAGAAGGAAGUGCUGCUUGAUGAUGUUGUGGGAAGUGCUGCCUCAAGAGCCAGAUCAGCCCUUGGAAACUCUCUCUUGGGUGGAGAAAAAGGAAAGAGAAGUGAGAGAGAGAGGGAUCACAAGAAGGAUAUUUUAUCAAGAAAUUCCGUGGCCAAAGCUGGCCAUCCAUCAUCGGGCAAUUGUAGGGAUGAACACAAAACAAAAACAAAACCCAAGCAAAAGACAGCUCAACUAUCAACUUCAGGAAAUGGACUUCUUGGAAGGCUUGCAGAAACAACUCAUUCUGUGUUCCCAUCUGGGCGUGGUUCCAGUGAAACAGUGACUCAUGGUGGUGUCAAAGUAAGUGGAGAAAUGGGGUUGAUAUCCCCUGGUAACAUUCCUCAGGAUUCGUCUAAAAGAACUGAGGAACCUAUUGACCUUACAAACUUGCAGCUACAAGAAUUGGAUUCUAUAGGAAUAGGCGUAUCAAAUGACCUUGGUGGUAACCAAGAUCUCAGUUCGUGGUUGGAUUUGGAUGAAGAUGGCUUGCAAGACCAUGAUUCAAUGGGCCUUGAGAUACCCAUGGACGAUCUUUCAGAAUUAAAUAUGCUUAUCUGAGUACUGCCCAUUGUACAUCCAUGUGCAUUAUUCAAGAGUUUUAGUGGUGGAGCUGCUGUUGGGAGACAUCUAACUACUUAAUUAUUGGUCUUAUUAGCUCGUAAUUAUGGUAGUCCAUUCUUUUGUGUUUUUUUUUCGGUAGAACAUUCUUUUGUGUUCUUUGAAGAAGUUGACAAGAGUUUUGAGUGUUUAUUUGAGUCCACAAUUCUGUCCUUGUGUCAAAUUGUACCUUAGUGUAAAAAGGCCUCUUUCAUUACUUUAGUUUUGAACAAAUGUUGUCAACUUUUGACAUGUUCUCAUAGGAAUUUGUACUUUGGAAA